AUGAACCAAAAGUGCAAAGUGUGUGGCGAGCCGGCGGCCGGGUUCCACUUCGGUGCCUUCACGUGCGAAGGAUGCAAGUCGUUCUUCGGGCGCUCAUACAACAACCUGAACUCGAUAACGGAAUGCAAGAACAACGGCGAGUGCGUCAUCAACAAGAAGAACCGCACCGCGUGCAAGGCCUGCCGCCUGCGCAAGUGCCUCAUGGUGGGCAUGUCCAAGUCCGGCAGCAGGUACGGCCGCCGCUCCAACUGGUUCAAGAUCCACUGCCUUCUCCAAGAGCAGCAGCAAGCCGCCCAGUCGCGGUCACCUCCAAGAGUGCCCCCAUCUCCUCACUCGCUAGCGCCACCCUUCCCUCCACAUCUCUUUCCUGGACUAGCCAGACCACGCACGAAAGAAGAACUCGCACUACUAGGCCUCGAUGACUACAAGCCCCCCUGCUCUGGCUCCCCAGACUCACACCGAAGCGGCUCCUCCCCCAAACUAGACGAGAAGAGCAAACUCACCCAAUCCAGACCGCCUGACAGACCCCUCACGCCGCCGAGGGACACGUACGUCCCGCUCCCCUUAGCCAACAUCAGCUUGCCCCACUUCCCACACUCGCCGUUCUUACCGCCCCCGCCCUUCAGCCCGUUCGCCACGAACCAUCCGUUGCUGUUCCCCCCCGGCUUCCACCCGAUAUACUCUCGGCAUCUGCUCGACCACGCGGCGUUAAGACAAGCCGCGGAAAACAACAACGACGUCAGAAUCGACGACCAUAAUGCCGACUCGUCGAAGCGAUUCUUCUUAGAUGAAAUUCUGAAGCAGCAGAGGUCCUCGCAACCACCGACGCCGCAGGAGGACGUGAUAUCUGAAGCGGAGUUUGUGCCCACGCCUCCCGCUGAGAGGAGAACCUCAGAAUCGCCCUUACAAGAGAAUCCGAUGGACUUGUCGGUGAAAUCUGACGGUAGAUCCAGUUCGGCCAGACGGAGAUCCGAUGACAGUGAGAUCAUCACUCCAGAUAACGACGAUGCCGAGUCGGGCAGCGCGGCGGGCUCCGCCAGCGAGGAAGAAGACGUCUCUUAUUCCCAAAUUAAGCGAAUCAAACUCCACCCGUUGGACCUCACUACCAAAGUCUGACGUCACACCAGACGCCCCCUAGUGCCGUUAUUAUAAACAAUGUACUUUAAACAAAAUGAACAGUGAAUUUAUUAAGGCCAGUAAAUCGGAUUGUGAUUUUAAAAAUAAGUAGGACGAUCGAAAGGAUUAUCCCGAAAUUGUUUAGUGAAUUGUUAUCGCUUGAAAGAGUCUAUCCAAAUACGUAACUUAAGUAGCGUUUAGUUAAAUGUUAAUGGUACUUGAAGCCCGGUUUACGAUUAUGUACAAAUCGAAUGUAAAUAAUAAAUUAUUUUGUCUAAUGUAAGUGCUAGGUUAAUAUUAGUUAGCGGUUUUUUCGAUGAUGGAACCAGCCGGGUGUUGCAACAUUCCAUUUCGACUAAAUUCCCUUAUGUUUUGUAUUAAUUUGAAUAUAAUUUAUUUCAUUUAGUAGAAUUUUCGAUUGAAGUGUUGUUUGUGGAUUUAAAUCGUUUUAUGUCGAGUGCAUUGUGAGCUGUCGCUUCGUUAGAUCUUUUAUUUCUGUAAGUUUAAUUAUCUCUUGGAUUUUGACUGUUUUGUACUUAAUUUUAGUUUCAAAUACAUUCCCUAGUGGCUGUGUACAGUCAGAUUGAAGGGCAUCUCGGCAGUUAUUCUUAAGUUAGUUCAAGCUCGAGAUGUUGUUUAAUCUGGCUGUAUAAUAAUGAAGUAAUAUACUCUAUACUCUACAAGCAUUCCUAUGAAAUUGCUCAACCUUCAGAUGUGUCGAGUGACAUUGUACUCAAGUAUAGUGAAAUUAGUCACGGAUAAACAUACAUACUCAUAAUAAACUUUGUGUGGCUCAGUUGUGUAUAUAAUGUAUCGUAGCUAGAUUGUUUUACACUACGUAGAUGAGUUGUUUGUAUUGAACGCAUUCCAGGAAAUCGUACAAAAUAAACUAUUCGUGCACUCGAA